GAAGACCAAAGGUGCGGACACACGAGAAACUCGAAGCAGGAUUUUGUCCGGAACAGCCCACUUUUUUCUGUUUUCCGUUUGACACACUACAAACUUUCCUCAAGCUGUUUGGCAAACCUGUUUGGCUUUUGUUUGUGGUUUUAGAACCGUUUGUGUCGGGUUUCAGUCUUUCAACGUGGCUCUCAUGGCCGCUCGCCAACUUGACUGAACAUCAAACCACUUACUUAAGUUAUUACACUAUCAAUUGAUCAUGAAUAAGGGUCCCGUGAACAUACUCCAGACUCCCUUUGUUUCUCUUUUUGUUUGUGUUGUCAUUUGCAUGUAGUCAGUUGAAGGUCCACGGCAUUAAAAGCCUCAGCGCGUGAUGGUGAGUCACAGGUACGACUGCCAUUUGAUGAGGCCAUUCUCACGAGGAUCGGUCAAACGUGGCCUUCACAUCAUCGCCAUUCUUCACACACAGCAGUGCACCUCGAGAAUGGACAGUGAUCAUGCAGAACAUUCCUCUCUGUCUUUGAAUUAUUCAUCAGAACCUCGUACAUUAAGAGAUGAGAACAACUUCAUCCAAAAUGUUUCACAGUUCUUCAACCAGGAGGAUAUCAGUGACCUGGUACUCAAGGUUGGCUCCAAGAAGUUCUUUGCCCAUAAAUUUGUCCUUGCAAAAUCCAGUGAGGUCUUCCGCACCAUGCUUUAUGACAAGCGUUGGCAGCAGGCUGGUCUCCCAGAAGUAGACCUGGAAGAGUCCGAGGAGUGCCAACAACACUUUGAACCUUUUCUAAAGUUUCUGUACACGGCUGAAAUAAACAUCUGCGUGGAGUCAGCUGUGGGCAUUCUGUGCCUAGCUGACAAAUACAGCGUCAUGUCACUAAAAGCUCUGUGCACGCAGUACAUGGUGGAGAACACUCAGUCCCCAAUGCGCAAUGCUUUGAACUGGUAUUCCUGGGCCAAAGCCCUGCACAUGGGAGAGCUCAUUGACUCCUGCACCAAAACCAUCUCCUGGAACAUGGAGCAGCUGAUUGUAUUGCCUGAGUGGCUGAACAUGGACAUUGACUUUCUCAGUGACAUCCUCAGUGACCCCCACUUGGUCAUUUCCAAUGAGUACACCUUGUACCAUGCUCUGGAGAGGUGGUUGCUUCAUGAGAGCCAUCUGCUUGACAUGGAGACCAAUGCCAAGAAGUUGUUGCCUUUGAUCCGUUUUCCUCAGAUGAUGGUGCAUCAGUUGUAUAAGGUGGAGACAGGAGUUCUUGCUACACAUGAAGGGUCUAAGGAUCUGAUUCACAAAUUUAUCAACUUGGCAUAUCGCUUUCGUUCCCUCUGCCCAUCACAGGCUGAUCUAGACAUAUCAUUUAAUAGUGAUUUCUACCACCCACGCAACUACAAAGACUUAACAGUUGAUAAUGUUCGCAUGCAGAAUACUCUACGCUUUGGCAUUCAGGUUGAUGUGCGCACUUAUGUGGGUCCAGUUCCAUGUGCACAGCGGGAGGGGGAGUGGAAGAUAACAUACCGCAAGUCAAAUGAUUGCUGGACACUACAUGUGUAUUGUCAUGAGUCAGCACUGGUCAAUGGGGAGGCACGCAUCCAAGCUGCACUUGUCAUAUCGGAUGAUGAAGAGAGAGUACUGCAAGUUGAGACCUCAGAUGUGACUGUCUGUAGUCGUAGCAACCAUCUGACAAUGGUCACCAACAUGCCAUGUAGCAAUGAGGCCAAGCUGAUGACCGUGCUGAUUAAACCUUUACCCAACUAACAUUCUUACCUCAAAAUAUCAGCUACUCUAUGUACUUGUACAAAGUCCAUCUGAGAGAGAAUUCUAGCUUCCAUAUGCUUAUGUAUGAGAGAGUGCAACAUAGAGAGUUUGUACUUGUAUAGUGCACAGAUGUGCAAGUAAACAAAAUGUGUUUUUUUCACAGGGAGUAAGUCUUCAGAAGAGGUAUUGUGAUUCUUUAGCAAAGAAAAAACUGCAGAAUACAAUUGUCAUAACGUGUUUUAAAAUCUUUAAUUUUCUAGGUGUUUUUUUUCUUAAUCUUGUCAGCCCAUUGGUGGUUUGAAAAGCAUGUAAAAGGCACUGCUGCAUCACAUAUUUUGCUGCUUUCUGUGUAUAUAUAAGGUAAAUGGGUCACUUGGAAUGUUUGUAACUUCCAUUUGCUACAUUUUUUUUUUAAAGAGUAUGAUAUUUUAUUCUUAAACCUUUUGAUGACAGGAAUUAUUUAUUAAGGAAUUAUUGAUUAUUUCUGCUAGAAAUGUGUUUAUUCUUGUAUAAUUCAAGAAAUUCUAGCACUGUUCAUUUUUAUAUUUAAGACUUGUGUUACAAUCUAAGCAAUUUAAGCACUGUUUAGUUUUGUGCAUAAAACUUCAUUUAAAUCCAAGAAAUUCUAACACUUAUUUUCAGGGUUAAGGUGAAGACUGGUGAAGACAUUCACAUUUGAGAUUUUGCAUUAACAAGAGCUUACAUCGGCCUAGUGCCCUAGUUCUUCAAAACCAGGUGCAUGUUGGGUAAGGUAUUAAAAAGAAAUCAGGGGCAGAAGGUCACACGUUUCACAGCAAGUCAUUUGCUUUGAUCCAUGCACUAGCUUUGUUGUGAAAACAAUUCAGGUUCUUGCUUUGAGUCAUUUACUUAACAAGUUCAGCAUAUGUGCUGUUUAUUUCAAAUGUGUUAUUUGAGUAACAGCUGAAUUCUUGAACAUUAUUGAAUCUGUACUUGAAACACACCCCUAUCCCUCAUCACAGUAUGGAAGGGCAAUCUUGAUGCCAAACUCUUUACAGUUCAGAAUUUUAUGAGUAAACAUGGUUUUUGGACUUUCCACGUUCAACUGAAUGACAGAGAUAGGAUUGCUGAAUUAUCAUACACAUGCAGCCUGUUCUAGCAUCCUGAAUGACUUUUAACUUCAAAUGACAAAAAAGCAAUUAUUGGAUGUUUUGUAAGGCAUGGCUGGAGAAGGCAGUGUAAGAGUGAUGGAACAGAAGAGGUUAUUGUACAAUCUAUAUCCCUGUUGAUCCUAUUGUGCAUGUAACUGGGAAAAAACAUAAAUCUCUCCAAUCAGAGAUGUGAACCUCAAGUAUUGUCAAUUUCCAUUUUUCCUUUUUUCUUUGACAUUUAUUUAAAGAUGUACACUGUUGGGACCAGAACUAGACUAGGGGCAUUCUUUGUCAUGAUGGAUGAAUAUUAGCACUAGGAUAUGCACUUUUUAGCUGCUACUCACACUGGCACUUCACAUUUGUUGGUGCCCCUGUCUGCUGCAGCUCUUAAUUUUGUGCCUGCUCGAGCACUUGCUAGUAUCAAAAAGUUAGUGUACACUAGCAGUGAAAUCUUUUCUUGUCUGCACCAUCAUUUGUGCAGCUUUUGCUAAACAUCGACUUGUCAAGCAGUAGCAGUUUGUUUGUUUGUAUUGGCAGCUGCAGCUGUUACUAAAUUGUUUUGUUAAUAAUUCUUCACUUGCAUCAGUAUCUUGGCAUUUUCUGUCUGCCCUUUUGCAGAUGACAAAAGUAGUGUUAAAUGUAUUUUUUGUGAAUUAACUGUCUUUCAGUGGUUUUUAGUGUUGACUCAGUAACCAUAUGUGCUUAUAUAUUCACUGCAUAUAUCCUGAAUUACUGUUCUUAUGGAUGUGCUACAAAUUGUUCUGCACUCUCAAAAAAAGAUCCCAGUCAUCAUUACAGUCAUCAUCAUCAUCCCACACAUUUCAUAUUGUCAGAUUUUCAGCACACUUUAUUCAUAUGCGUUUUUGCUUGGGGACAAGGUGGUGGUGACUAUUUUGCUGGACAGAUUUGCUAGUUUAUGUCAUUGUAGUGUUUUUUAAAAUUAUUAUUAUUUUUUCCCCAGCAGUUUCAGAACAUGUAUUUUACCUACAUGUGUGGGCUGCAACAUUGGUCUGUGCUUUGGUUUUGUAAUGUUUUUGCAAGCUUAAUGGAAUUUUAUUUUCUUAGAAUUCAGCAUGCACAGAUUGGUGAAUUGUUUUUAAAUGACUUCACUCCAGUCACUUGACCCAGCUAGACGCUAAGGGGACUGGAGGAAACGCACAGAAUGGCAGGGUUUUCCAUUGUGACUUUGUUAAGCAGAGGCCAGUAGGUCUAGAAUAUGGCAGUCGUGUCACAUCAAACGACAUAGGAAGAUCCUCAGCUUUUGGGGGGCAAACUUCAUGCUAAAAGUGAACGUUCUUCCCUCCUCAGUAUCUUUAAGGGGGUGACUGCCCCCUUGCAGCCUUUUCAACCCCCUCCCCCAUCAUAUAGCAAAGUACACCAUGCCAUUUACCUCUGGCCUAUACUGUCGCAAGUGUGGGCACUUUAUAAAUACUUUUAUUAUUUUAUGGCGGUCAUGUCAUGGGUUACUAUGGUGAGGUACACCAAGCCCAUUCAGAAAAUUAUUUCUCAGUCGUGCAAUUUUCUUUUGAUCUUAAUUUAUUUGCACAGUCAACAAGGCUGCUAGGGCUUUGCCUUUGUGCUUGAUGCUGUAGAACAAUCAGGAGAAGCUUUUGCUAUCGAAGGAUUUUAUUUGUGUUUUGCCUUCUUGAGAAUGGCCAAAGAGAUUUCCAUCAAUCCUACAUUUCUUCUAGAUAUUAUUGUUGUAUAUUGAUGAGUAAUAUUUGCAAAUUGUCUAUUUUUGAUGAGUAGUGCGUGCAUUUUACAUAGGGAACAACCAUCACGUCAGCCUAGAAAAUUUCAUGAAGGAAACAUGGUGCUUAUGCAGCUGCCUUGUGGUGUUUUGGUAAACUGUCAGGUGGCACUCACAAUUGCACCAACCUAAUUCCUGAUCGCAACACUUUCUCCAAGAUUUUUUUGGAGGUAUUGUCAAGAUAGUCGUCAUUUGCUGUUCAGUUGUUUUUAUUAAAUAUUUUCUGUGCUAAAUGUCCUUAGCUUGACAUUCCAGUCACUUACACAAGUUUUCUUGUACUCAGAAUGUGCAAUCACCACAGUAUAAAUUUAUGGUAUGGUUUUUUUUCAGGCACCUCAAUUUAUAUUUCAAGAUCUACUCAAAAACAAACAAAAAAAAAAACUAUAUGUGGUUUGUUCUAAAUUGAGAAAAUUGCUUAAUUUCUUUUUUAUUUAUUUUUUUUUUUCAGUUCAUUUGUUUGAUUUCAUUGCUUAUGCAAGAAAAAUGUGUGUAAAAAUGAGACUUUAGAGUUUGUGGUUGUGCGAGACGUACAUGAGAGUAGCAUCACAAA